GCUUUCUUGUACAGACCUCUGUAGGGACAGUAUGGACAAUGUAUCCAUGGGCUUAGUGGUGGGUAACGACCUUCGACCCUACGCCUGCCAGGUGUGUAACAAGCGGUUCACACAGAAGGCCCACCUCAUCACACAUAAGCGAACCCACACAGGAGAGAAGCCGUAUGCUUGUCACAUUUGCCACAAACGAUUCGCCCAGUCAUCACACCUGAACACACACAAACGUAUCCACACAGGCGAGAAGCCCUACUUCUGUACACUCUGUAAUGUAGGUUACUGUCGUAAACAACGUCUAGAGCUUCAUCUUCUACAUCAGCAUUCCCGUGAGGCUCUCGCUGCGGCAAACAUCACCAUUCCAGAUGACCUUAAACUUGAUGCUCAAGGUCAAGAAAAUCCAGCACUUAAUCUUCUUGAAUUCCAGGAAUCCAGCGUUGUAUUUCCAAAUAAUGGUCAAAUGAACAAUGUGCCUAAUAAUGUAGAUAGGGCAAGUCCAAUGGACUCCACAGUGUCAAGUUACGCCUCCAGUCGACGGAAACCAUCAGUUGUUAAGCGUAUCAAUCUCGGUGACCAAGAGGAAAAUGGAGACUUGAUAAAAAGCGAGCCUGUUGAUGGUGAGGAAUAUAUAGUAACAGGAAGUGGAAGCACCUCAGAGGUAGGUGAGGGACUUUUCACACGAGACCAGGUCAGUAACAGUUACACUACAGGGCAAAUCAACAAUGACAAGGGCAGAUCAACAGGUAAAAGGUCAGAGGUCACUGAAGCUUGUGGGGUGAGCACUACUGAUAUGAACAACGGUGGGUCGGGAGAUGAAAUUGAGGGAGAUGGGGCAAGCGUGACAAGCGAGAGUAAUCUGUCAGGGUCAGAACAGAGCUUGCCAAAUUCAGUACGCAAACGUUCAAUGCUAUCCUAUUCCUCUUUGCGACGUAGUCCGAAAUGUACCAAGCAGAAUCACCAGCAGCACAAUAACAGUACAGGUGGACAGAAAAAUGUGAACACAAAUUAUCCGCAACAGAUUGGAACAAAUUCACGUAUCUGUCUGGUGAAUUUCACAAGCGAUGACCUGAUCACGCAUCUCAUGUCGCGUGAUGAUGUUUAUCGGUGUGACUUCUGUUGCAUUGUAUUCCAGGAUGCAGCCAUGUAUCAUCUCCACCGUAGCAUGCAUGAAAAGAUGGAUGUCCGAUGUUGUAAUCUUUGUGGCAAGCUGGCCCAGGACAAGUACGACUUCCUUGCUCACUUUCUUAGUGAACAUAAGUGAUUUUGAAUUUUUUCUAUUUUGAUAGU